AUGGAGGUGGUUCCAUUGUUAAUGAAAGCUAUUGGAUGGCAAGGAGGAAGUAUACUAGCCCUUCAAACACUGAAACGUGUGGUCGUUGCUAGAAAUAGGGCAUGGGAUGCACUUGUUGCACAAGGUCUUAGUGAAGGUAAUAUUGGUGGCCCUAAUGAUGGUGAAGGUGAAGUUGAAUUUCCAGAAGACGUUGUUGUUCGCUCUAUAGGCAACCAUAUUCAUUUAAUUUUAUCCACCGUUUAUCCAUCAUUUGAAAACCAUCUUAAUGAUCCAUCAUAUUUUCAGGAUAAAGCUAUUUUGGUACCUACAAAUGAAGAAUUUGAUGCUACCAAUGACUGCAUUUUAGGAUUCAUGAAAGAUGAAGGGAAAACAUAUAUUAGUUCAAAUUUUUUAUUUGAGAUAGAGUUACCAGAUUUUUUUGAGGAAUCAAUCUACUCUUCAGUUGUGUUGAAUGGUCUUAAGGCAUCUAGAAUUUCUAACCAUAAACUUACACUAAAAAUAGGUGUUCCAGUCAUGCUACUUCGUAAUAUCGAGCAAACUAAAAGAUUAUGCAAUGGUACUAGAUUACAUAUUGUUAGGAUUGGAAGACACAUCAUUGAAGCCUGA